ACACUGCAGGUUCUGUAGACACACAGGUCUUUACAUCCACUGCCACUCAGCAGGUUACACACGCAGCCAUGUCGGACACAGAGAAGAACGGUGAUAAGAAAUCAAAAAAGAGCGUGGAAUGCUGUGAUUAUCCAGUCAGUAUAUUUUUCAUCGUUGUCAACGAGUUCUGUGAGAGAUUCUCCUACUAUGGAAUGCGUGCGGUGCUGGUAUUGUACUUCAGGUACUUCCUGCACUGGGACGAUGAUCUCGCAACAUCCAUCUAUCAUGCUUUCGUGGCACUGUGCUACCUGACACCCAUAUUAGGUGCCAUUGUGGCUGAUUCAUGGCUGGGAAAGUUUAAAACUAUCAUCUACCUGUCCAUUGUGUAUGCCAUCGGUCAGGUCACCAUGGCAGUCAGUGCUAUUCAAGACAUCACCGACAGUGACAGAGACGGCACGCCAGAUAAUAUGACAGUGCAUGUCACACUGGCUAUGUUAGGGCUGAUCCUCAUCGCUCUUGGUACAGGUGGCAUUAAACCCUGUGUGUCUGCAUUUGGAGGAGAUCAGUUUGAGGACCAUCAGACAAAGCAGCGAAGUACAUUCUUCUCUGUAUUCUACCUGUGUAUUAAUGCUGGCAGUCUCCUCUCCACUCUCAUCACCCCCAUACUCCGAGGUCAGGAGUGUGGUAUUUACAGUACACAGAAAUGCUACCCGCUGGCUUUUGGUGUUCCUGCAGCCCUUAUGGUGGUCUCUCUGGUGGUGUUUAUCGCUGGUAGUAGUAUGUACGUUAAAGCUGCACCCAAAGGCAACAUAAUGCUGGAUGUGUGUAAAUGCAUUGGGUUUGCUAUUAAGAACCGUUUUAGACACAGGAGCAGUAAAUACCCAAAAAGAGAACACUGGAUGGACUGGGCUAAUGAGAAAUAUGAUAAACUCCUCAUUGUUCAAAUUAAGAUGGUGCUCAGAGUUCUGUUCCUCUAUAUUCCUCUCCCAAUGUUCUGGACUCUAUUUGACCAAAAGGGAUCACGUUGGACUCUCCAAGCCACCACCAUGGAUGGGACCUUUGGAACACUGAUUCUGCAGCCAGACCAGAUGCAAACUGUGAACCCUAUUUUGAUUCUCACAUUGGUGCCCAUCAUGGACAGAUUUGUGUAUCCCCUCAUCAGGAAGUGUGGCUUCAACUUCACCCCUUUAAAGAGAAUGACCGUUGGGAUGUUCUUGGCUGCAAUGGCUUUUGUGUCUGCAGCUCUGGUCCAGAUUCAGAUUGAUAAAACACUGCCAGUUUUCCCAUCCUCUAUACAAAGUCAGCUGAAGGUAGUGAACAUGGCAAAUUCUUCAAAUGCUCAGCUCCAAGUCAGCAUCCCUCCCAAUACACCUGUUCUGCUCGGAUCCAUGCAGGCCUCGGAGGACUACAUGACAUUUGAUAAUACAAACAUUACAGUCUCUUUGAACACAAAUCCUGUGAUUACUAAAGCCUUCACCCUUGCUUUGGGAGAACGUCAGACCCUCAUCAUCCCCUCUGAUCCUGAUUCCAUGUAUUUGACACAAGAUCUAAUCUCGAAACCAGAGCAAGGCAACAAUGCAGUCAGAUUUGUAAAUGGUGGGAGUACAGGACUGAAUGUUUCAAAUGUUGGAUUCAUUAAACCAUCUGCUGUUUCACAAAACGCACUGUUUUCACAGGGGUCGCGGACGUUCACCAUCACUGACGGUGCACAGUCUUGUCAGUUCUCUACACAGUUUGGGUUUGGAGGAGCUUACACCUUCCUUAUCCCCAGCACACUGAACUGGACUGUAAAUUGUGGUGGCUCUGUAGUGACAGUGGAAGAUAUUCAGCCCAAUUCUGUGCACAUGGCUCUUCAGAUCCCUCAGUAUUUCCUCAUCACUGCAGGUGAAGUGGUGUUUUCCGUCACCGGCCUGGAAUUCUCGUACUCACAGGCUCCUAGCAACAUGAAGGCAGUACUGCAGGCUGGCUGGCUCUUCACUGUGGCAGUGGGCAACUUCAUUGUGCUGAUUGUGGCAGAGCUAGCAAAGCUUCCUGACAAGUGGGCAGAGUAUGUGCUGUUUGCAUCUCUGUUAGUAGCAGUGUGUGUAAUCUUUUCGAUCAUGGCUUAUUUCUACACCUACAUCGACCCUGCUGAAAUUGAGGCCCAGUUCCAGCAAAACAAAGAGCUGGAACCCUGUGAAAAAGAAAGGGAAGAAAGAAAAGCUAUAGAGAUGGAAGCACAAAAGGAUCUGCAAAACCAGAACAAUGAACCCAAAAUGACAAAAAUUUAAAUAAAUUAUGAGUGAAAACAUUA